AAGAAAAGCUUGCUCCAUCAGAUGUUUUUUUCUUCAUGGCAUCAGAGCAGGAACAUAGUAUCCUAUUUUCUGCUUCUUCCUUCUCUUCUUGUGGAUUGUAUUCCUUCUUCAAGCUAUAGAUGGCUGGAGAAAUUUCUUCUGGUACUGAUGACGUUAAUCCUUUCAGUAUCAAUUCCAAUCCAAACAUGUCAAGUGUUUAUGAGGUUGAGGGUAAUCCCAAUUAACGUUUGAGUUCAGUUUUAUUAACUGAAUGUAUACAAUUAUCUUUCCUGGUCUAGAGCUGUCACUUUGGCACUUGGAGGAAGAUCAAAGCUUGGAUAUGUCAAUGGAGUUAUACCAAUGUCUGACAUCAACUCCACCACUUAUGAUGCUUAAUUGGCUUUGCAAAGAUCAACUUGUCAUGUCUUGGUUGCUCAACUCCAUGGAGCCCAAGAUUACUGAAAUUUUUAGCUACUCAGAAUCAUCCAUGCACCUGUGGAAGCAUGUCAAAGAGAUGUAUGGAAACCAAAACAACUCUGCUCGUGUUUUUCAACUCAAGAAAGAUAUUGCUAGUCUCCAACAAGAGGAGAAGUCUUUUGUUCAAUAUCUUGCAAGCCUAACAAGUAUGUGGAAUGAGUUAGAUGUAUAUCGACCUCACACCACAGAUGCUAAUGUCCUAUUGAAGAGGGCUGAAGAAGACAAGAUUUUUCAGCUUCUCGCUAAUCUAGGCUCAGAAUAUGAAGACUUGAGAAGCCACAUCCUUAUGAACUCUGAGCUGCCUUCCUUCAAAAGUGUGUGUGGCACCGUUCAAAGAGAAGAACUUCGAAGGAAAGUGAUGAACCUGGACGUCAAGACCAAUAUUGCAGAUUCAAGGGCAUAUGCUUCAAAUCAUAAGCAAGCUGAUGAUAGAGUCUACAAGGGUAAGCGUCCAGACUUGAAAUGCAACCACUGCAGUGGCAUUGGUCACACAAAGGAUAGGUGCUGGAUACUUCAUCCACAAUUGAAGCCAAAGUUUUCAAAGGAAAACAAAAGCAUAUUAAAAAACUGGAGUACCAAUCCUCACAAGGCCAACCUUUCUUCCUCUUCCACCUCAGAUGGGAUGUUAGAUUUCACUUCAAAUCCAACUUCACUCAUAAAUGAGUUUGCUGUUUACCUUCAACAAAAGCAGAAGAAGACAGAGGAUACAAGUGCAACUGGAGCUGAAAAUCACACUGCCUUACUGGGCAAGUUUGCAGGCUUUCUUGCUGAAACUGACAAUGUGAAUCAAAGUGAUAUUCCAGGACAUCAUUACUCAGAGGACGAUUGGUGAAGGUUUUUUUUCGAAUGGACUUUAUUACUUAUCUAAGAAGUCCAAGGUCUUUCAAGCUAGUUCGAGUAUUGCUCAAGAUCACCAUCUUUGGCAUCAACGCUUAGCUCACCCUUCAGAGAAAGUGUUAUCUAUUUUGUUUCCAAGUUUGAACUAUUACAACUAUCAUUGUGAAGUGUGUCAACUAUCCAAAUUUGCUAGAUUACCUUUUAAUUCUGUUUGGCUCCAAUUUUGUUGCAGCUGGUCAACAGUCUCUUUUUUGCACGGACGUGCCAGCACCGUUCGGGUGCGGUCGUCGGGGGUGUCCAUUGACCUGACUUCUAUCAAGCGAUUGUAGACGAGGAGAGCACCAACCUCGUCGUGGGAUUCUUUAUGCCUCGUGGCGAGGACUUUUACUGAGCUUCUUGAAAAUCACAAUCGAUACUCGAUGUUGUAGAUCGAGCAGAGCGAGAACCACUGGGAAGUAGAGAGAACUUGCUAAAGCGUGACUUUAGCUUGGCUGGUUUGCAAGGGCGUUACCCUUUCUUGGCUGGUUCCAUAACCGUUGUGGUCGUGGUACUACAAUCGGCUCCCGAGGAGACUAGGACCGAAGUACGUUGACAGAGGGUUUGGUGGCACUGAAAGUCGGCUUCUGAGAAGACUGGGACUAGGAGUGUGAUCACCGAUAAGAGAAAGAGAAGGAGAGGAGUUGCUCUUAGAGAGGUUUGCUCUAGAGAGACUUAGAUCAUCUUAGAGAUGUAUUGAUGAGUGAAUUGUGUGUUUAAGUGUUUCAUUGUAACCUCUAUUUAUAGGCUACCAUGCCAAGGUGUUUAGCAUUAAACAAAUGAUAGUGGAGCAUUAAUUGGAGAUAAGAAAUGAUGAAUUUUGGAGAUAAGGAAGCAUAAUUGGAGAUAAAGCAUGAUGAAUUUCGGAGAUAAGGAGAUAAGGAGGCAUAAUUGGAG